CCUUAAUCAGAAAGGAUGGAGUUGGGAAAAGGACAGCUUCUCAGGACCGGGCUGAAUGCAUUGCAUCAAGCAGUACACCCGGUUCACGGCCUUGCCUGGACUGAUGGGAAUCAGGUAGUCUUGACUGAUUUACAGCUUCACAGUGGAGAGGCCAAGUUUGGGGACUCAAAGGUCAUUGGACAGUUUGAACAUGUGUAUGGCGUGUCCUGGGCCCCACCUGGUACAGCUGACACGCCUGCUCUGCUCGCUGUCCAGCACAAGAAGCAUGUCAUUGUGUGGCAGCUGUGUCCCAGCACUACGGAGACAAGCAAAUGGCUGAUGUCUCAGACCUGUGAGGUUAGAGAAUCACACCCUGUCCUUCCCCAGGGCUGUGUGUGGCACCCAACAAGUGCUGUGCUGACCGUGCUGACUGCACAGGACAUCUCCAUCUUCCAUAAUGUUCACUGUGACAGUUCCCAGGUAAAAGCGGACCUCAGCACCCAAGGCCUCAUUCACUGUGCGUGUUGGACCCAGGAUGGCCAGAGGCUGGUGGUGGCAGUAGGCAGCAGCCUGCUUUCUUAUAUUUGGGACAGUGCUCAGAAGACUCUUCACAGGUGCUCCUUCCACCCAGUGUGUGAUGUGGACAGCUAUGUGCGCUCCAUUGGAGCCACUGUGGACUCACAGGUUGCUAUAGCCACUGAACUUCCAUUAGACAAGAUUUGUGGCUUAAAUGCCUCUGAAACCUUUUACGAUGUGCUGCCUAGUGGUGAAGACACUUGUCUGUAUACUUUACCACUUAAUAAUGAAGCGCCCUCUGUGGAUAAGGAGGCAUUCACUUCUGAAACAAAUUCUGAAACAUCAGUUUCUGCAUUUUCUUCCUCUUCAGAUCCUCUGGAUCUAACUCAUAUACGUUUCAAUAGAUCUAAGUCUGAGGGUAGUUCUCUUAUUUGUCUAAGAAAAAAGGACUACUUGACAGGAACUGGCCUGGAUUCUUCACAUUUGGUCCUGGUGAGCUUUGGGAAAGAUGUUACCCAGACCAGAAAAGUCAGUAUUCCAGGCAUUCUGGUUCCUGAUCUAAUAGCAUUUAAUCUUAAGGCACAGGUAGUGGCAGUGGCUUCCAAUACUUGUAAUAUAAUUUUUAUCUAUUCUGUCAUUCCAUCAUUUAUGCCGAACAUCCAGCAAAUUCAGUUAGAGAGUAGUGAAAGACCAAAAGGCAUAUGUUUCCUGACAGAUAAAUUAUUAUUAAUUUUGGUAGGAAAACAGAAAUCCACUGAUUCGGCGUUUCUCCCUUCUUCAGCGUCUGCUGAGUACAUCAUUCGUUUGCUUGUUAGAGAAGUAGUGGUGGAGGAAGAGUUCCCAACAGCAUUGAGUGACGACCAGAGUGGCUGCUCUGCUUUCAGUGCUCUGUUAAAUAAAGCAGGUACAAAAAAGCUCAUUGAAAGUCUUUCCCCAGAUUUUGGUCACCAAAACAGAGGGCUCUUGUUAACAGCUAAUGGCAGUAGUCAAAGUGGAAGGCCUGGAACAACCCUUAUUAAAGAAAUCAAAAGUCCCCCAUCCAGGAUCUGUGAUGGCUCCAUAGCCCUAGAAACUCUAGGGGCUGAGCCUAUUAACUGGUCAGUAACACCGCCCAGACCCAGCAGCACACCAGACCACACCAGCACCCCAGAACCUCCUAAUUUGCCUCCAGGAAAGAACUUACAAGAGGAAAAGGAAAUUUAUCAGCUCUUGAAGGAACUGGAAAUUUUAUCUAGGAACCUGACUGAGGUGCAGCGAUGUCUUUCUGAACUCACAGACUUUCUACAUAAUGGAAAGAAAUCCUCUCCAGUGUAUCCACUGUCUCAGGAUCUGCCUUAUGUUCACAUCGUUUACCAGAAAUUUUAUUAUGUAGGUCCUGUUGUCGAAAAAAGAGCUGUGCUCCUCUGCAACGGCAAACUAAGGCUCAGCACGGUUCAGCAGACUUUUGGCCUCUCUCUUAUUGAAAUGCUGCAUGACUCCCACUGGAUCCUUCUCUGUGCUGAUAGCGAAGGCUUUAUCCCAUUAACUUUCACAGCCACACAGGAAAUAAUCAUAAGAGAUGGCAGCCCCAGGUCAAAUGUCUACAGAGACUCUUUGUCUCAGAGCCUUGAUCCUAGUCCUUCUCUUGAAGUCUUUAGAGACCUUACUGCCCAAAGUGUAGAUACCACUGGCUGUUCUAACCAUUUAGGCAGUAUGGCCUGAUGUUGUCUGCAGAGCAUUUGCGGCAUAGCUUUUCAGAUGAAGCCGUUACAAACGAGAUCUGUUUUCCACUGAGGAUC